AUGGAAUUCAGAUCAAAGUCAUGCAAAGAUGAAAAGCUACAAAUUGAAGGCAAGGUGACCCCAACAAGCAUGCAAGAACUGAGGUGUUACAGUGCUAAUUAUGUUUAUAAUCCAAACUUGACAUGUAAUAAAGAGGUGAAGAUGAAGAAAUUAGGAAAAAACACAUCAAAGAGUUGGAGCUUCAUGAAUGAUCCUGAAUUGCAGAGGAAGAAGAGAAUUGCUGGCUACAAAAUGUAUGGGGCUGAAGGGAAAAUGAAAGGGUCUCUAAGGAAGAGUCUGAGGUGGAUCAAAAAUACUUACACUCAAGCUAUCUAUGGAAGGUGGUGA